AGUUGGGGGAACCUUAUCCGUUCCAACCCUUUAUAAAAGCAGAUCAAAACCUCCAUCUUAAACUAUCAACUUGGCAGAACAAAUUCUCUCUCAUCAUUUCACAGUUCAACAACCACACGCUUAUAGAGAGAGGAAAUAGUCAGCCCAAACAAUACACACAAAAAAGAGAGAGAGAGAGGAUUUAUUCAUCAAACCUUUCUUUCUGAGUUAUAUGGCUGCAUCCAAAAGCUACUGCGCCAGAGCAAACUACAGAUUCCUCCCGAACGAUCAGGCUCUCAGUAACGAUCCGAUGAUCUUCGAGCUCGACGAGUCGGACGUCUGGAACGCGGCGGUGCGAUCGCAGUCGCCGGAGAUUCGCAAGACGAGUAAUUCCAGACUCUCACGGAAACCGUCGUCAGUGGCGGGGGGCAACGGACGCGUCGGCGGUCCGUCGUCGCUGCCGGUGAACGUCCCCGACUGGUCGAAGAUUCUGAAGGACGAGUACAUGGAUAAUCGCCGGAGAGAGAGCGACGACUAUUACGACGAGGACGACUGCGAGGAGAGCGGCGAUCGGAUUCCGCCGCACGAGUUUCUGGCGCGUCAAAUGGCGAGGACUAGGAUCUCCUCCUUCUCGGUGCACGAAGGGAUCGGGAGGACUCUCAAGGGCAGAGAUCUCAGCAGGGUCAGAAAUGCGAUUUGGCAGAAAACUGGUUUCGAGGAUUGAUUCAAUUUUUCAUUUUCAUUUUUAUUUUUAUUUUUAUUUUUAUUUUGCCCUUUUUACGGUUUUUAUUCCGGAAAAAAGCCUCAUUUUGACCUGACGGAGGCGAUGGGAGGAUUGCUGCUGGCUAGGGAAUGUAAUUCUAACACUUUGAGAUUGGGAAAAGGAAAAAAAAAUCCGAUUUUUGGAUUCAAA